GGUGAGUGUAAGAGAGUUUGAUGGUGAGUGUGAGAGUUUGAUGUUGAGUGUGAGAGAGUUUUAUGAUGAGUGCGAGAGGGUUUGAUGGUGAGUGUGAGAGGGUUUGAUAGUUUUUGUAAGAGGUUAGUUAGAAUUUUGGCCUAAUCUGCCUCUCAUAAAUCCAGCUGCUAUCCAACAGGUAAUGAACAGUGACAGUUUAGUAUUUGGAACACUUGCUAAAAUGUUAUAGUAAAAUAUCCUGCUUACUUCAUAGUUUUGAAAUAGUAAAACUAAAUCAAACUUAAAGUUUGAGACCUGAGAUUAUUAGCAAAGAGAUUAAUGCAUAAUCUUUUGUGAAAAACCCCACAAUGUUUAUGCAUUUCACUUUAAUAGUUCUAAGCCUGUCAGUGCAAUUUCUUUCUUUCUAGUGUUGGACUUUUAUUUUUUCAUUUUUCAGUUGUAGAGCAAUAUGAUGACAUUUGCAUGAAAUCUGAGAAAAUUCACCAUAUGGGAUUAAAAAAAACUGAGAUUACAGACCUACGACCAAAGUUUCUACAAACUGUGCUGAAUUUUGCUUUGAUGUGCAAUGACAAUCAGCUACAGCACUUGGAGAACAAAUUCAGUUACAUCUUACAAAGUAUCCAGAGAAGACACCUUCUGGAUUCCGAAUCAGAUCAACCCAAAGAACUGAACAUGGCAGAGAUCUCCCACCAUCUCACAGAGCCACUAAAGGAUGUUAUAGAGUCUUUCAAAGUCAGCCAUCCAAUUUCCUAUCUUCUAGCAACUCUGUUCUUUGUGAAACACAAAAACAUGGAUUUAGAACAGAGCUCAAUUGAAAAGCUCUUGCAGUAUGCAAAACACCAAGCUAAACUGGAGACAACAAUACCAGACCUUACAGACUCCAUGAGAAGGGAAAUCUGUAUUAAGCUCGGACAAUUUCUUAGAGCAUAUGCAGGACAUUUGUCUGAUGCAGUAUGGCUUUUGGGAUUGUUUUAUAAGGUUCUGUCUCCUGCCAGCAGCCCUGUUGAGGGUGUUCAGCUUCCAGACUCACGUGCCUUUAAAUGGAUGCAAAAUGACGCACAAUGUCAAAAGGAACUUCGUGAAAUGGUAAAGCAUCACGAACAGCAGCUUCAACAGCAUCGUCACUUUGCUCAAUAUGUGCUCUGUGACAUGUUUUCUGUGGAACUAGGACACCAUGAUGUAUUAAAAUAUUUGGGGUUUGAACCUUUACAAUUCCUUUGUGAGCUUCACUGUUGGCUUCAGGAACAUCCCCACAUUGUGGCCUCAGAGAAGCUGGCUGACAUCAUUGGAACUAUUGCAGACAUUACCAAGAAGUGGUUUCAGUCAAGGCAACCUGAUAAAAUCUCACAUGAACACGUAUUAGGUUGUGUCAGUAUGGCACUGAAGAUCAUUAAAGGAAUGCAGCUGGAAAAACAAGGCCGACAACUUCCCAAAAACAUGAUCUCAUCGUUGAGACUUCUGAAUUCUUUUUCGAAAGUCUUGGAACCGUUGAAAGAAAAUAAGGAAAUAAUGGACAUAAACAUGAGCACAUACCCAGAAGUGGAGAAACAUCUUAAAUCCUGCAUCAUGGUCAGUUCAGAAAAAAUCACUGAAGACAAACUGCAGGUAAGUUCUGUGACAUGAAUAGGAUACAGUGGGCAGAUCAUAAUUAAGUAAAACAGGCAUAUACAGACCGCAGGGGGGCUGAGCACCCAUUCUUUUACCCUCAGACUACCCUUUCGGCUUCAGUUCCAUAAGCUUCAUUGCUAUUGGGCGCCUCCUCUAGUGUAGUACCAGCACCUAUGGAGAGGUCAUCAU